UAUUCUGGAACAUCUUCUGUCUUCAGGCGUCAACGGCUGGGGCCAUCAUUUCGCCUCUGGAUCAACAACAACGGACCCUCUGCGAAUCGCCCUUCAAAUACCCUUGACCCGACACCCGGAUUUCUGACCGUUUAACACCCUCGAUUGACAGACACUUCACUUCUGUCUUAUGCAAUUCUUAUCUCUGUCUUGAUCGGUUGCACUUUGUCUCUGGGGCGAGGACAGACAACCAGACAUCGCCAUGGCGGACAAACCUCAGAAUUCAAAGAAGGCCGGGAAUAGGUCGGCAUCAAGACCUCAAGUAUCGCAGAUAUCAAACAUUGCAUCACCACCUGGAUCGAAGACACCGCCAAGCAUGCCGUCAAAGCGCACGAUGUAUUUCCCAGACAAUUCAAAUUCGGGCAGCCGCCAACGGCAAGAUGGAGCAGAGCCAGUCGACCCUAGUGCGCUGGCAAAAGCAUUGAAGGAUUAUGAGACUGCUGGAAGCCGGAGGGACAGAACCCCGGUCUCCAGUCCCUGUCGCAAGAGACAGCGGGUCUACGGGGACCGAUUCAUCCCCAAUCGCGACGGACAAGAUCUACAAGCGACUUAUAGUCUGUUGCAUGAAGAUGGUUGCCCCUCAACUCCUUCCAAGGCGAAGAAACGCCCCCCUCAUUCCGAGCUCCAUUUCCAAAAGACUGAGGAAGCCAACCUUACUUUUUCCCGAGUUUUGCGCAGCGAGCUUUUUGGAAACACGGUCCCACAGCCUGACCUGAACUCUGCGCCACCCGACCCAUUGCUCGGCUUCAGCAAUGGAAUCAAUGACAAGACUCGAUCCCAUACACCACCCGCUCAUAUCGCUGCCAAUCUCCCUCCCGCUAGCAUCACCCCCACCACCCCACACAAGAACCUCUUCAACUAUGGACCCUCACGGCCCGGAUCGGGGCAUCCAACUCCCUCUAAAACACCUCGAAGUGUGCAUGGCCCUAACCUAGACGUGCGCUCUGAGCUCUACAGUCUUUCUCCCAUUCGAUACGACAGUCAGCGUAUUCUCGAAACACCUCGGAAACAGGCCCGGUAUGUAAACAAGGUGCCAUACAAGGUCCUGGACGCACCGGACCUUCAGGAUGAUUUCUAUUUGAACCUGGUCGAUUGGGGCAGUAGUAAUGUCCUCGGUGUUGGAUUGGCCAACUCUGUCUACAUGUGGAACUCCCACACUGGUGGAGUUACGAGACUGUGCGAGCUGAAAGACGAUACCGUGACCAGCGUGAGCUGGAUUCAAAGGGGUACACAUCUUGCAAUUGGCACUGGUAAAGGUCUAGUACAAAUAUGGGAUGCUGAGCAUUGCCGGCGGCUACGAACCAUGAUUGGACAUACGAACCGAGUUGGUGCUUUGGCGUGGAACGAUCACAUUCUCACAUCGGGAUCUCGAGACCGUCUCAUUUAUCACCGUGAUGUUCGGUCUCCAGACCAGUAUAUUCGAAAGCUCUCUGGCCACAAACAAGAAGUUUGUGGUUUGAAGUGGAACACUGAAGAUGGCCAAUUAGCAUCCGGCGGCAACGACAACAAAUUGAUGGUUUGGGAUAAGCUGAGCGAGACACCCCUCUAUCGCUUUUCCGACCACAACGCAGCAGUCAAGGCCAUUGCAUGGUCUCCUCAUCAACACCAUCUUCUCGCUUCUGGUGGUGGUACCGCUGACCGCACCAUCAAGUUCUGGAACACACAAACCGGCUCAAUGAUCAAAGAGGUCGACACUGGUAGUCAGGUUUGCAACCUCUCUUGGUCCAAAAACUCAGACGAGAUCAUCAGCACACACGGUUACAGCCAGAACCAAAUCGUCAUCUGGAAAUACCCUCGUAUGGAACAAAUCGUCUCGUUGACCGGUCACACUUUCCGCGUUCUUUACCUCGCCAUGAGCCCUGACGGUCAGACUGUCGUAACAGGAGCAGGCGACGAAACACUUAGAUUCUGGAAAAUAUUUGAUAGACGAGCUACAAGAGACACUCGUCGGGAAGGCAGCAAACUGGCCGAAUGGGGCACCAUCCGGUAGUUCGGAUAAUACUGUCUACUUUCUAAUUUGUCUCUUCAUCUGCAUUCGACAUGGCGUUUUUCGGUCCGCUUCGAUUUGGUCACUGGGGAAAAAUUAUCGCAUGGCCUGAGGGGGAUCUCACUCUUCAUCUUUUUAUGCGUCGGCAUCUAUUGCAUGUUUCUUUCCAUCGGCGGUUUAAAGCAUUUCGCGGGUGGACGUCCGGCGCUCAUUCAUUCGGAAUGGGCAUUUUGUUUGAGUUCCUUUUUCUU